AUGUCGCAGUCGGAGCCACCGCAGGAGGGCAAAACAACGAGCCCUCCACGACCAGCCGCCUACUAUAUCACUUCUGGUGAACCUGUGGGGCGGGUUGUCCAAUAUCGAACCACCAAGAAAGGGCAAGCGGGUGCGAACGAUCGAAGCCCCGUCGAAUUGGAAGGACGGAUUGGAUCAACACCGAAGGCAGUCACUAGAGGUGCACGCGGCGCGCGAAGAAUCGUGGAGAGAUCCGGAAGCGAGGAUGCACGCCCAAUUGUUGGGGAAUGUGAAGAAUUCGAGGGCCCACCCACUGUCGCUAACUCUGCCGUGCUCCCCGAGCCCGAGCCAGUGGUAGAAACAAACGACAGAAAUGACGAUGACUGGUAUCCUCCUUCACGUCGGACGCCGCCAGGCCGGAGCAGGCCGAACCACGAGUCCUCGAGAGCCGCCAUGACGACCCAGCUAACGCAUUUCCGUCCGAAUGGUCCGGCUGCCUACCCUACCGAAGAUCCCGAGACAGCAUCGAGAAAGAGAGUAACCUUUGGAGAUAAGAUGCCCGUUGUGAUUCCACCCCCCCCAUGGCCACAAGCACACGCGCGACCCCGACCUUCACUACACCCUCAAGUACCAUUGCCGCCAUCACGACCACCACCCCCGGUGGCACCACCGGCAGCAGCCCAACCCCCAGUGCCCCCAAUAGAGACUGUACCGGGCAAGUCCGUCCCAAACUCAAACAGGACCAGCUUCACCAGCUCAACGGACUCCGGGUACAGCUCCGCCCACACGGCUUCUUCGCGUUCUCUCCCGUCCCAGAAGAGGCGCAAGAGCAGUUCAUUUGACAGUACUGAGGCUGUCGUUACCUAUGACGAUACCGACCCGGAGCCUUUCGAGAUCUACCACGCGUCAUUGCCUGACGCCCCCGACGAACGCGAUCCACACGAUCCUUCUUAUGACGUCGAAAUAGCGAGCAGUCGUAAGCGUUUGUUGUCUCGGUGGAAUAGACCGACCGUUCCAGAUCUUGAGCGCACGGUGUAUGGUCAUGAACAGUUACCAUACAUAUGGGAUCCUCGAUAUCCGGAGGGACUCUCAUCAAUACAACGAAGAGAUAGACUGGAAGAAGGGGAAGUGUAUGUGCCUCCUAGCGAGGUCUACUCCCACGGGUCAGUGGGAAGGCAGAGUGAGAUCGAGCUGGAGUCCUCGGAGGACGGGAACGUCACUAUCAAACUUUCCGGGGGUGCCGUUAUUAAAGUCGGCGAUAACGAAAUAAAAUGCGAAGAUGGCGGGAGGUUAACCAUCAGAAAUCCCGGCAAAACCGCAGGCAAUCUGCCGACCCCUCGGCUUGAGAGAAUGCCGGAACGACGGCCUCAGGUAUACAACUAUAAUUGUCGACAAGAUAGAAGUCCGUUCGAGCCCAGUACAGAGAACCCCUGGCAACAUACGGCGCGUCGAGCCAAUCAGCCAGAACUGUCAAGAUCACGGUCGACUCCCAUGUGGCUAUCGGAUUGGUCGAACCCGACCGGGAGGGUUGGUCAGGACCAGGAGCCGGCGCACCUCCGUGGCGAAGACCACCGGAAUCUCAAGCCGACACAUGUGAGAGGUGACUCACCAGACGGAUGGGGCAUUGCGGCCUAUGUCACGGAGCGGGAAAAAUACCAUGAGGAGGCUCGACAUGCGCAAUCCUACCAGAAACAAGGAAGCGCUGAGAAGCUAAAGGCCGAAGUCCCAGGUCCCAGGCCGAUUCAUGUUCACCCCCAGCCCGCACAUCUGCCUCUGUUGGGCAGGACUCGGAAUGUCCACUAUACCCGUCAUGCCGGGCUCUCAUUGGGAACGGAGAAAAACCCUUCUACAGGUUUGUUUGCUAGGCGGAACCGUGUCCCUCAUCGAUCGGGAGACAAUAGCGCACUGCAUCCUCCCCGGCUGGUUCCUGAAGCACAGCCUUCUCUAGUUCCACCUAAAAAGAGACCACUGGUUUUUAAUGACCGAACCGUCGCUUCUAGCCGAGCGUUUUGGGGAGAUGGUCCGGGUUACACGAGGCCGCGCAGCGAACAUGGGCUGGCCCACUCCACGGCAGUAUUAGAUGAAUUCUCCACGGGUGAGCGGCCCAUAGUAUCGCCCUUCAUCAAGAGACCUCCCAGCAUGGACGCGAACUCAGCCACCGAUUCAGAUGGCUCUGGUGAGGUCCCGGACCAUCUUAAAAUUGGUGAGGUGGAAAGGGCGGUGAGGCUCCUCUGCUCACGCGGGGAGCUAAAGGACGUUUUUGAAGUUGCUUGGUCACUGGUCAGCGAAAAGACGUUCGAAUCCAAUGUUGAGCGUCUUCUUUGCCAGUACGGGAAGGAUCUUGCAGCCGAAGCUUCAAACGAACUAGAAUAUAAUGUUGCGGAUAUUGUCGUUGCAUCGGCACCUAGGAUAGUGGAUCAGGUAUGGGCGGUGGCCCACCCAGAUAACGGCCACCGCAAGCUUGCCGAAGCGAAAGGCAUAACCGACUAUUCAAAGCUGGGAAAAACUGCCCAUCGGGAGGUUGAAGACUCACAAUCAGAGACUGAGGGCAAUGAUGACGAUUCGCCUUUAAACAGGGCUAAACAGUUCAUGACGACUUCCCAAGCACAUCAGAAAUUACGAGAUGGUUUGAGAACCUGGCUCAAGAUUCCGAAGGAUUCCGAUGUACUCCGUUCUCCGCGAACAUCACUGCAUACCCUACCAACACCUGGGAGUGAAACGACUGAAGGGGGGGCGGCGGACUCAAGCUUAUCUAGUAAUGACUCUCCGAAGGAUGAUUUGGCCGAAAGUGUGAGAAGUGGCUUGGAUAUGGAUAGGAAGGAUCUCGAGUUGAACAAGGCCACGGAGGAAUCGGAACUCAUGACAAGCCGCCAAGAGGAUGAAGACGAUCGGAGAACCUCUGUUGAUGAUGAUUGUGGCAAAGACCAAGAGGAGGACAUGUCAGAGUCAGCUGGAACUGUAUGCGGGAAGCGGUUAAGCAUCGAAGUGCCAGAAAGCGACGUUGAUGCGACAACGCAGUUUGCGCAACAAGCUGCAGGUUCAUCCCAUUCGAGGACGGUAUCCGCUACCCGCUCAGAUGGAGGCACUGUCUCUUCGUCAUCUGAAUCUGUCAGAAGCUCGCCUUCGCGGUUCGACUCGGCGGACUCCACCACUUUGUCCACCGCACCAUCAACUGCGCCCUCGGAAGGCAAUGGGCUCCAACUCCCAAAUCACCCACUGGGGACCAAACGCUACUUACUACUCUGCGCCAACAGCAGCAUGACCCGUACGAGGAUGCGCAACGUCGACUUGACGAACGUGGGGCAUGACGAGGUGCUGUUUCACAAAAUUCGGGAGGCGUAUCGCGAGAUGCGAUACCUUCGUUACGGUAACCCAUUCGUUAUUCCUAAGACGAUGCAAUAUGUCAAGUUUGAAUUGAUAGUCCGCCAAAGGUCAGGGGAAUGCGUCGGAAAUCUCGAAUCCGACUCGAUUCCCCCGAUAAAGGAGGUCUAUAGCGGCAGAUAUUCCUACCAGCCGUGCCCUCCAGAUAUCGGAAAGCUCCCCAUGCACCCGGAUGUCUUUAUGCAUUCAUUCCUCGAGCCCGGCGACCACACCGGAUGCCUAGCCGUAGAGCGGCUCCCCAAGAAGAUGCAUCGGGAACUGAGCUGCAAUGGCGACCCGACUUGUUUGCCUGUGGGAUGGGGUAUCUACAUUACGGAGGGGUUCAACUGGAAACUGAUUCAACGUGUGAUAAUAUGCGCGAUUGUGGUGACUACCGCUCUGGUUUUGGUUUGGAGUAUCACGAAUGGGGAUGUUCAAGGUGGUACCGGUAUUGGAUCUUUUUGUGUUGCAGUUGUGGCUCUGUUGGCUGCCGUACUCAGCUGGUCAUCAGAUUAA